GAAACCCAUCAGACCAUGUCGACACGGAGAGCUCCUCCGAGUCUGGCCACGGCGGCGACGGCUAUCCUGGCCGUCCUGGCCGCGGCGCUCGCCACCACGGGAGCUCGCGCACAAAUGUGCGGCGCGCAGGCCAACGGCGCCAAGUGCGCGAACUGCCUCUGCUGCAGCCGCUUCGGGUUCUGCGGCAGCACGGCGGACUACUGCGGCGCCGGCUGCCAGAGCCAGUGCAGCGGCUGCGGCUCCACUCCUUCCGUCGGCCAGGGCGUGGCAUCCAUCGUGUCCAGGGAGCUCUUCGAGCGGAUGCUCCUCCACCGCAACGACGCGGCGUGCCUGGCGCGCGGGUUCUACACGUACGACGCGUUCCUCGCGGCUGCCGCGGCGUUCCCUGCCUUCGCCGGCACGACGCUGAGCACCAACACGCGGAAGCGAGAGGUGGCCGCGUUCCUGGGCCAGACAUCCCACGAGACCACCGGCGGGUGGCCGACGGCGCCCGACGGCCCUUACUCGUGGGGCUACUGCCUCAAGCGGGAGAGGGACCCGCCGUCCGACUACUGCGAGCCCAGGGAGGAGUGGCCGUGCGCGCCCGACAAGCAGUACUAUGGCCGCGGCCCCAUCCAGCUCUCCUACAACUACAACUACGGGCCGGCGGGCCGCGCGAUCGGCGUGGACCUGCUGAACCAGCCGGAGCUGGUGGAGACAGACCCGGUGGUCUCAUUCAAGACGGCCCUAUGGUUCUGGAUGACCCCGCGGGGUAACAAGCCGUCGUCCCACGCCGUGAUCACGGGGCAGUGGAGGCCGACGCUCGCAGACUUGGCCGCCGGCCGGUUUCCCGGAUACGGCAUGAUCACCAACAUCAUCAACGGCGGGCUCGAGUGCGGGAUCGGGCGGGACCCACGGGUGGCCGACCGGAUAGGGUUCUAUAAGCGCUACUGCAACAUUCUCCGCGUCGGCUACGGGAGCAACCUGGACUGCUACAGGCAGAAGCCAUUCACCAGCUGAGAAAUCAGAUUCUCGGUUGGGCUCGUGGGGUCACAAGUGGGCACUCGUGCCCUGGCCCUGACGGUUCCAUAAGGGCCCAGAUGGCUUCCUUUUGGCAAUUUCUCUCAUUGUUUUGGAGACCCAAAUGUUUUUCAUUUGGGUUGCGCUAACUGCCACACGUAUGGCAAGAAGGGAGACGCACCACAUGUCUCUAAUGUAAACAGAUUACCACGUCAUCGCAUGCAUGCAUGUAGGAAUUUUUUU